AUGUUGAACAAGACUUUUGUUUUGGCGUCGAUGCUCGGUAGUUCCAUUGCAUUCAGUGCUACCUGCAAAGACACUGCAUUUAAUCCUAAGACAAAUGUCCUUUCAUCACACUGCCUGCCCCGGGACAACUCGGCCUACCUCCCAACAGAGUUGGACCUCAACAAGUGCUUUGGAUACAGCGACGGUGAACUGACAGUAAGCGACUUCGUGGUAUUUCUUUACGAUUCUUCUGGUAUGCUAAUCCAAUUAUUUAGUGGGAGAAAAGAAAUUACAGUGGCAGUUGCAACAACUGCCAUAUCUUUCAAGCGCCCGAUCCGUGGUUCAGGUAUAAUGUGUACUGGCUUGGAUGCACGUGUGAAGGCCAGAGUGAGGAGACUACUAUUUGCAUUGUACUUGCACAUGAAUAUGUGA